CUUGACAUGCACAACCUUAAAUUCGAGAUGUCUUCAGGAAUAUUAAUUGAAAAAUGCAGCAUGUAUUGCAUAUAUUCACUUGUAUUUUAAUUAUCUAUAAAUUACAUUAACCUUUUCCCGUUGAUAUAUGCAUGAACAUGUAAAAGUGUAUUCCUAAAUAACUAGAUUAAUGAACGAAAACUAAAACUGUAUUGUAAUAUUGCCUUAGUUGUUUCGCAAAGAAUGUGGCUUUGUCGAUGUAACAUGACUGUCCAUGUCCCAAUAACUGUGAUGUUUAUUUCAUUGUAUCUGAAUCUAAUAAAUUUUCGUCUCGCUGCGUUGAUAUAUUUGUGUUCAUGAAGCGAUCCAAUCAGAAAACAUUUUCAUGUUAGCAGCUGUUCUCAUUAAUUUUAAAAUUGAUUGUCAAGCAUUAUUCCAAUGAUUAGAUACCUCACAAAGUGCCCUGACUGCUAUUCCAAACGGGAUUGAAAUGUUUGAUCUUUCCUUCAUCCGUAAUUGAUCUUCAACAAAGACCACUUCAGCAACUAUGAAACCAAGCAACGCACUCAAAUUAUCUUUGUGGAUGUAUAUUCUCUUCUUCUUUGGGACCUUUGCUGGUUCUUUUGGACCAUCUUUACUCGAUCUCAAGGAUCUCUUCAAUGCCAGUCUUUUGGAAACGUCAAACCUCUUCCUUGUACUUGGUAUUGCUGAAGGUACAGGGUGUCUUGGCUCAAUGGUUUUGUUGAAGUUUGUGGAUUCAAACCUAGUACUUGUGGUUUGCCUUCUACUCCAGGGGACAUGCCUUUUUCUAUUUGCCAUGACAACGCAUUUCAUCAUAGCUUGUGUGGCUCUUGGUGUUACAGGCAUAGCUACGGCGUGCAGCAUAAAUUGUGUUGUUCACCAGUGUAACGUAGCCUUCCCUGGACCUUCGGCCAUUAUUCACGGCGUGUUCAUAUCUUCAUCUGUUGGAAGCAUUGUCGGUCCCCUUAUUGCCCAGCCUUUCCUUACUGAUCGAGAAGGGGCAUGUCGAAACUGGACAGAGAACAAUGGAUUCUUGAACGACAGAACUUUUUCAAUACAAAGAAUAAAUUACUCUAAUGGUGGGUUUCCUUUAACAUCGAACAUAUCUAUUCCGUUGACAAGGAAUAAUGAGUCCAAUCAGGAUUACGCAGUGACGGCAUCUAAGUAUGCUUUAACAAAUUCCUCCACGAUCGCACAAAAAUCACAAGUGUACAUUAUCUACAUAAUAAUAGGCUCGUUUCAGUUGGUAGCACUUCUGGGAUUCAUCGUAUUGUUCAUUUGUGAGAGAAACAGUAAUUCGUAUGAGAAAAAUGAAGAAAAUAGCAGCGGUUAUAACAACCUAGAAGCAGGACAAAACUCGAAUGGUAGACUUAAAACUAUCAUAUUUUAUGUAUGUCUAGUUCCUGCAUAUAUUCCUUUUGGUGGCUUACCAUUUGCUUAUAGUGGUUAUCUAUCUGUCUAUGGUGUUGAAAGUUACCUUCAUCUCAGUACGCAGAGCAUGGCUACGAUGACAUCUGCAUUUUGGAUGCUGUUCACACUUGGCAGGAUUCUUGGAACAGUCCUUAGCUUGCGUAUGAGACAAUCAGUUUUAAUUUACACUUGUCUCAUUGGGGUGUUGGUGGCGUCGGUAGCAGUGCUGUUUCUAAGCGAGUUUGGUGAAGUUUGGCUGUGGAUUGGAUCCAUGGCAGUCGGCCUCUUCACCGGUCCUCUUUUGGCGGCGUCAUUGGCCUGGUGCAGGACCUGCGUUACUUUGACACCAGUGGUGACUGGCAUCUGCACGUUUGCCAACUUCACUGGUAUGUUUCUUUUGCAGUACCUAACGGGUCAAGUGGUCGGCUAUUUUGGGGUGGAUUGGUAUUUGUAUUUCAUUAUAUUCCUGUCUCUUUUUGAACUAAUGCUAUUUGUUGUUCUCACAGUGCUAGGUAAUUACGUGAAAUAAAUAAGAAUCUAUAUCAAUAGGGACCAUGAAUCGAGUGUUUCUGCUUCCUGAAUGGCAGAUAUUAUGACCAGAAGUUCUGAUAUGCUCUCUCUUUUGGAAACAAUGCAAUUAUCACGGUGCUAGGUAACUGUAUAAAAUAAUGUAUUUAUGAAUGGAAUAUAUUAGGAUCAGAAGUUGGACUAUACUUUUGUCAUAAGUGAUUCAGAUGGUAUGUAUCAUCGAGUUCCCUUUCUGGGUAUUCCUUACUAUUAGCAGUGUCUAUCUGCAUGUGGUGUAAUGGAUGUCUUUGUGUCGUUUGAAUCCUACGUGGGUCAUACGCUAAACUAAGGCCUUCCUAUUGUAUACUGGAACAUUUUGGCGUUACUCUGUUAUACAGUUUCUAAAAUGAGUUAGAUAUUACACUUUUCCACACAUGAUUGCAAUGUUCAGGAGAACUCACAAAGCUGUUGUCUCUGCCGUAACCAAACAGAGUA